AUGAUAGAAAGAAAUUAGACGGAGGUGUAGAAAAGUGUUAAUUCACUUAAUAAGUCUAUUAACUCUGCUUAUGCCCGUAAAUACGAAGAAAUCAGAUAAUCUAUUAACAUUCAUAAUUCUUAGAGUGUCUACAGAAAUUAGAAGCAUGAUAUCCAAGGAGCUUUUUAUGUCUAAGAACCUAAUAAUAGGUAGACUCAUAUUAAUUCCUUAAUAGAAUUAGAAAUAUAGUCUUCUGUUGCCACUGAGUAAGAUGCAAUGCAUUAGAAUUAACAAUAAGGACAGACAGAUAAUCUACAAAUUGAAGAUAAAACUGAGAAAAAGAAGUUAGAAUUUGCUCAAAAAGAAGAUCAUAAAAUUCCUCUUUCUGAACUCAAAGAAAAAUACAAAACUGAUUAUAAAGUUGGUUUAACUGAACCUUAAGCUCAAUAAAAUCUUAUCGAUUACGGUGAAAACAAACUCACCGAUAAAGUUAGAAUCCCUGCUUGGGUUAUUUUACUAAAAGAACUUACUAAUGGUUUUGCAUUAAUGCUUUGGGUUAGUGCUGGACUUUGUUUCUUGGCUUAUGGUCUUACUCCUGAUGAUCCCUCUAACAUGUAUCUCGCUAUUGUUCUUUUAAUCGUUAUUUUUGUCACUGCUUUCAUUACAUUCUAAUAAAAUGCUAAGAGCGAAGCUCUAAUGAAAUCUUUUAAAAAUUUUCUCCCUUAGAAGUGCACAGUUAUUAGAGAUGGUGAACCCAAACACCUUGACGCAUUAAAGAUUGUUGUUGGAGAUAUUGUUCUUAUCAAAGCUGGUGAAAAGAUCCCUGCUGAUAUCCGUAUCUUAGAGUCUUCUGAAAUGAAAGUAGAUAAUUCACCUCUUACAGGUGAGAGUGAACCAUAGCUUAGAACUGCAGAAUGUUCUCACCCAGAAAAUUAUUUAGAAACAGCCAACAUGGCAUUUUUCGGUACAUUAUGCAAAGAGGGUACUGGUAAAGGUAUUGUAGUUAGUACUGGUGAUAGAACUACUCUCGGUUAAAUUGCAGAUUUAUCUUCAGGUGAAAAAAAGGCUAAAACUCCUUUACGUGCAGAAUUAGAUAGAUUUGUUUACAUGGUUACUAUACUAGGUAUAUUUUUAUGCAUUUUAUUCUUCCUUUUAGCUUACUUAGUUAUUGGUUUCCCUGUUAUGUCUUGCAUUGUCUUCGGUAUUGGUAUUCUAGUCGCAAAUGUUCCAGAAGGUUUGUUAGGCUGUAUCACUAUUUGUCUUGCAAUUACUGCUAAGAAUCUCGCAAAAAAGUAGGUGCUUGUCAAAAACUUAGAAGCUGUCGAAACUCUUGGUUCUACUUCUUGUAUCUGUACUGACAAAACAGGUACCUUGACUUAAAAUGUCAUGACUGUUAAGCAUAUUUGGAUUAAUGACUCUGUAUUUGAAACUCCUAAUCUUUUACAUCUUUAAAAAGGUUAAGAACCUCCUUAUGAUACAAAGGAUAUAGGCUUCAAAACUCUUUAAUAAGCUGCCAUGAUUUCUAGUGAAGCAGUUUUUGACUUGUCUGGUUUAUAAGAUAAAAAUAAUGUUGAUUAUCUUAAAUGUCCAGUUAUCGGUGAUGCUACUGAAACAGGUUUGAUUAGAUUCUAUUAAUCUAUUGAUGAUGUCAACUCUUUUAGAAGCAAAUUUAAAAUUGUCAAAAAUCCUGAUGAAACACUCAGUAGAAUGCCUUUUAGUUCCUAAUACAAAUUUGCUCUCACUGUUGUUGAAGAAGAAUCAGAAAAUAGCCAUUACGCUGUUUAUAUGAAAGGUGCUCCUGAAAAAAUUUGGAGUUACUGCUCAACAAUAUAUUGUAAUAAUCAAAUAAGUGUAAUUGAAAACUCAUGGUAGACAAAAUUCAAGUAAGUAAAUUUAUAAUUUGGUAAAGGAGGAGAAAGAGUUUUAGGUUUUGCUAAGCUUGCUCUUCCAGCAGCUUAAUAUCCUAAAGGUUCUCAUUUCUAUGUACAAAAUCCAUCUAAAUUUACAUUUCACCUUGCUUAAUUUUAAUUUUGCGGUUUAGUUUCUCUCAUGGACCCUCCUAAACCAAGAGUUCCUUAUGCUAUCCUUGAGUGCAGAUCUGCAGGUAUUAAGGUUAUUAUGGUUACUGGUGAUUAACCUCCAACUGCUGCUGCAAUUGCAAAAGAAGUCAAUAUAGUUCCUCAAGAGAUUAUUACUAAUGAAGACUUGAUGGAAAGAAACCCCACACUUGACUGGUUUACUGCCAGUGAAUAGUGUGAAGCUAUUGUAGUUCAUGGUGAUAGAAUUCUCGAAUCAUUUGAAAAAUCAAUCGAAGAAAAGAGAGAAUCUCCUGACUUUUAUCUUCGUCAAUGGGUAAAAAAACCUUUUUGCGUUUUCGCUAGAACCACCCCAGCCUAAAAACUCUAAAUUGUAGAGGCUUGCUAAAAGGAAGGCUUUAUUGUUGCAGCAACUGGUGAUGGUGUGAAUGAUUCUCCUGCUAUAAAAAAAGCUGAUAUCGGUGUUUCAAUGAAUCUAUCUGGUAGUGAUGUAACAAAAGAUGCAGCAGAUAUGAUUCUCCUUGAUGAUGAUUUUGCUUCGAUUGUACUUGGUGUUGAAGAAGGUAGAAAAAUUUUUGAUAAUCUUAAAAAAUCAUGUGUUUAUCUUCUUACUUCUAAUAUGACUGAAAUUAUUCCAUUUUUGGCCUUUAUUAUAUUGCUUCUUCCUGUGCCGCUUUCUAGUAUUUACAUGUUAAUUUUAUAAGUCGGCACAGAUAUAUGGCCUGCUAUUUCUUUAGCAUAUGAGGACGCAGAGCUUGAUGUAAUGACCAGAAGACCUCGUAGAAAAAGUGAUCACUUAUGUUCACUUAAAUUGGUUACAAUAGCUUAUUUCUAAAUGGGUUAAUUAGAAAGUGCAGCUGGUUUUAUAGGUUAUUAUAUGAUGUUUAACUAUUUUGGUUUCCCAGUUAGAGAACUAUUUGGACUUGCUAAUGUUUCUGGAUAUACUCCAUAGAAAGAUGAUUUUGAUAGUCACUUUAAUCCUUAUACAGGCAAAUUUGAUCCUUAUUUCAAUAGCGAACUAUUUAAAGCAGCAGGAAACUAAUACGAUUGCAGAGUAAAUAGAAAGGGUGCAGAUUCAAUUAAGAAUGAUAUUGAUUGGUAGAAAUUAACAGAUGGUAACUAUGACUUAAGAAAAUCUCUUUUGAAAUGCAAUGAAAGUACAGGUGAAUGGGUCCCUAAAGUUAAAUGGAGCGAUUGCGAUACUACUUCUCAUAAAACUUGGUCUGACAUUACAAGUCAAACAGCCUGCUACAGUACUGAAGCAGUAAAGUGGGCAUAAACAGCUUUCUUUUCUUCUGUUGUCACAAACUAAUGGUCAAAUGUAUUUGCUUGCAAGAGUAGAAAAAUGAGUUUUGCAACUUCUAAUUUAAAUACUGUCAUGCUUUAAGGUAUUAUUUUCGAAACAGCUUUAUUAUGCUUCUUGCUCUAUGUACCUGGUGUUCAAGAAGUUUUUGGUGGUAGACCCUAUUCAUUCUGGAUGUUCUGUCAUGGAUUAUUUUUCAGUAUAUGCUUAUUACUAUGGGAAGAAACAAGAAAGUAUACUACUAGAACUUUUAAAUGGUUCUUCAAAUACGCUUAUUGGUGA